UGAGAGUGAGUUUGUGUGUGAGUGUGUGUGUGUGUGUGUUUGAGUUGUGAGUGUUCUGUGCUUGUGUGAAGUUUUCAGUGGAUUUAAGUUGUAAAUGGUUCGUUCACACAUUCAGAGCAUUUGCUGUCAGAUUGUAUUGAGGUGUGUGUGUGUGUUUGUGUGUGAGUGUGUGUGUGAGUGUGAGUGUGUGUGUGAGUGCGCGAGAGGAAGUGAUCAUUGUUCCUGCACAGACAAAAUGAGGAGGGAAACACAGAUCCUGAGAAAAUCCAGAGGAGUUUGAGUGUGAAUCUCACAUGAUCCUGACGGACAGACGCGAGACGAUGAGCAUCUACACACACAGCUGGUGUUGAGUGUGUGUCGGGGACAGCAUGGCUCCUCGGCCGUCCUCAGGAGAGUUAUGGGGUCUUCACCUGAUGCCUCCUCGGAUCCUGGUGGACUGCUGUCUGCCGAACGGGAUCCUGGUGAGUCUGGAGUGUCUGAGAGAAGCUCCUCUGACCAGCAUCAAGCAGCAGCUCUUCAGUGAGGCGCGCAAGUACCCUCUCCACCACCUGCUGCAGGAGGAGUCCUGCUAUAUCUUUGUAGGAGUGACGCAGGAGGCCGAGCGUGAGGAGUUCUACGAUGAGACGCGGCGUCUGUGUGACCUGCGCCUCUUUCACCCCAUCCUCAAAGUCAUCGAGCCGCUGGGGAACAGAGAGGAGAAGAUCCUCAACAGAGAGAUCGGUUUCGCCAUCGGGAUGCCCAUCUGUGAGUUCGAGCUGGUGAAGGACCCGGAGGUGCAGGAAUUCCGCAGGAACAUUCUGAGCGUGUGCAGGGAAGCGGUGGAGGAGCGCGAGGGAGGAGGCGCACACACUCAGGCGCUCUACGUCUAUCCUCCUAACGUGGAGUCCUCCGCCGACCUGCCGCAGCACAUCUACAGCAAACUCGACAAGGGCCGUCUGAUCGUCACCAUCUGGGUGAUCGUGUCCCCGUCCAACUCCAAGCAGAAGUACACUCUGAAGAUCGCACACGACUCUCUGCCGGAGCAGCUGAUCGCAGAAGCCAUCCGUAAGAAGACGCGCAGCAUGCAUCUGUCUGCGCAGCAGCUGCGUCUCUGCGUGCAGGAGUACCAGGGCCAGUACAUGCUCAAAGUGUGCGGCUGCGACGAGUACUUCCUGGAGAAACACCCUCUCUCCCAGUACAAGUACAUCAGGAGCUGCAUCACACUGGGCCGUCUGCCUCACCUCAUGCUGGUCAGUAAGGACAGUCUGUACAGUCAGCUGCCCUCCAGCGGCUUCAUGGCUCCGUCGUACAGCCGGCGCACACCUCAGCCCAGCCCCUGCCCCGGUGGAGCUGACCCCGGGUCACCGCGCUCCCUCUGGGCCUUCAACACACACCUGAGAGUCCGGCUGCUGUGUGCCACCUACGUCAACGUCAACAUCAGAGACAUCGACAAGAUCUACGUCAGGACAGGAAUAUAUCAUGGAGGAGAACCGCUGUGUGACAACGUCAACACACAGAGAGUGCCCUGCUCCAACCCGAGAUGGAACGAGUGGCUGUCGUAUGACAUCUACCUGACCGACGUCCCUCGCUCUGCUCGUCUCUGUCUGUCCAUCUGCUCCGUCAAGGGACGCAAGGGAGCCAAAGAGGAACACUGUCCUCUGGCCUGGGGAAACAUCAACCUCUUCGACUAUAAAGACACGCUGGUCAGUGGGAAAGUGGCUCUGGGUCUGUGGCCGGUUCCUCACGGCCUGGAGGAUCUCCUCAACCCCAUCGGAGUGUCCGGAUCCAACCCAAACAAGGAGACACCGUGUGUGGAGCUGGAGUUCCCCUGGUUUAACCAGACGGUGGUGUUCCCUGAUGAGCAGCAGAUAGAAGAACACGCCAACUGGAGCAUCUCCCGGGAGCUGGGAUACAGCUACUGUCUGGGGCUGAGCAGUCGUCUGGCGUGUGACAGCUCCAUAUCGCAGGUAGACGCCGAGCAACUGCGCACACUGUGCAGUCGAGACCCGCUGUACGAGCUCUCCGAACAAGAGAAAGACUUCCUGUGGAGACAUCGGCAUUACUGUGUGAAUAUUCCAGAAAGUCUUCCCAAACUCCUGCUGUCCGUCAAGUGGAACUCACGGGAUGAAGUGUCACAGAUCUACUGUCUGCUGAAGGACUGGCCGCUCAUGCAGCCUGAAUCUGCUCUGGAGCUGCUGGACUGUAACUUCCCUGAUCCCAUGGUCCGAGAGUUUGCCCUUCGCUGCCUGAUCCAGGGCUUGACAGACGACAAGCUCAGCCAGUACCUGCUGCAGCUCGUGCAGGUACUGAAAUAUGAGAUGUAUCUGGAUAACCCAUUAGCUCGGUUCCUGAUCAAGAAAGCACUGACCAAUCAGAGGAUCGGACAUUUCUUCUUCUGGCAUCUGAAGUCUGAGAUGCACAAUAAAACGGUGUCUCGUCGCUUCGGCCUGCUGCUGGAGGCGUUCUGUCGGGCGUGUGGUAUGUACCUCAAACACCUGAACAGACAGGUGGAGGCCAUGGACAAGCUGGUGAACCUCACAGACACACUCAAACAGGAGAAGAAAGAUGAGACGCAGAAGACUCAGAUGAAGUUCCUGGUGGAGCACAUGUCCCGCCCAGAUUACAUGGAGGCGCUGCAGGGGUUUGUUUCUCCUCUGAACCCCGUACACCAACUGGGCAAUCUCAGGUUGGAGGAGUGCCGUAUCAUGUCUUCAGCCAAGCGGCCACUGUGGUUAAACUGGGAGAAUCCGGAUAUCAUGAGCGAGCUGCUCUUCACCAAUAAUGAGAUCAUUUUUAAAAAUGGAGACGAUCUACGGCAAGAUAUGCUGACACUACAGAUUAUUAAAAUCAUGGAGAAUAUCUGGCAGAAUCAGGGGUUGGACCUACGAAUGUUGCCAUAUGGCUGUCUGUCCAUCGGUGACUGUGUUGGUCUCAUCGAGGUGGUGAAGAACUCGUACACCAUCAUGCAAAUUCAGUGUAAAGGAGGCCUGAAGGGGGCGCUACAGUUCAACAGCAACACACUGCACCACUGGAUCAGAGAGAAGAACAAGGGAGAGGCGUACGACAGAGCCAUCGAUUUAUUCACACGCUCGUGUGCUGGAUACUGUGUGGCCACAUUCAUUCUGGGCAUCGGCGACAGACACAACAGCAACAUCAUGGUUAAGGAGAAUGGACAGCUGUUCCACAUUGACUUCGGUCACUUUCUCGAUCAUAAAAAGAAAAAAUUUGGAUACAAGCGAGAGCGAGUUCCUUUCGUUCUCACACAAGACUUCCUGAUCGUCAUCAGUAAGGGUGUGCAGGAGUGCACAAAGACCAAAGAGUUUGAGAGGUUUCAGGAGAUGUGUUAUAAAGCGUAUCUGGCCAUCCGUCAGCACGCCAGCCUCUUCAUCAACCUCUUCUCUCUGCUCUUGGGCUGUGGGAUGCCUGAGCUGCAGAGCUUUGACGACAUCGCCUACCUGCGCAAGACACUGGCGCUGGAGAAGAACCAGCAGGACGCUCUGGAGUACUUCACCAAACAGAUGAACGACGCCCACCACGGAGGAUGGACCACCAAGAUGGACUGGAUUUUCCACACCAUCCGACACAUGCCCAACGAGCACUGACACACACACACACACACACACACACACACACACACACACACUCACUCACAGACACACACACACACACACACGCGCACACACACACACACACUCACUCACUCACAGACACACACACACAAACACACUCUCUCACACACACACACACACUCUUACACACACAAACACAAACACACUCUCUCACACACACACACACACACACACACACUCUCACACACACAAACACACACACACACACACACGCACACACACACUCACUCACUCACUCACACACACACACACACACACACACACACACACAGACACACACACACACACUCUCACACACACAAACACACACACACACACACACACACACACACUUCAGUGAGCUCAGAUCGCUGUGAUGUAACGCUGCCUUCAUAAGUUUACAUCCCCUUAACUGAAUCUAUAAAAUUAAUUAUUGUAGCAAAAUCAGAGGAGUUCAUAACAAUGCCAUGUUGCACUAAGGCCCAGAUGGAAUACACUGUAAGAAAUGAUUUUCUUCCUCUGGGGUUUUUUUUUCUAGUAUAAAUAUAUACAAAUUCUGGAAUUAAGAUGCAUUUACUUGACAAGUAAAAUGACUUGUCAAUUUAAAAAAAGUUAUUUAAAAAAGAUGUCUUGUUUUCUGAAAAAAAAAAAACCAAAUCUUGUUCAUUUUUGCAUUUAGUAAAAAUAUCUGCCAAUGAGGUAAGAAAAAUAAUAUUGUUUAGCCUUUCAAUUAAGAACAUUUUUCUUACUCUAUUAGCAGAUACUUCUAACCAACUAACAAAAUUAGGAUCAUAUUUUCAGAAAAAACAAAACAAAAUAUCUUAAAGGGAUUUUUCACCCAAAAAUGAAAAAUUGUCCAUUAUUUACUCACCCUCAAGUCCUCCUAGGUGUAUAAUUUUUUGUUUGUGAUCUUUGAAGCUGUUUAAUGUCAGUAAGCAGGUGUUGUUGUACUGUUGUACGUGGAAGCGGUCCGGCGGAUGAUGUGUGAGGUCAGGGCUGCGCAUGCGCCGCUCAGAAGUGAUGCACGCAGAAGCGCAGCGGAGAGAUCAAAACAAAACUAUGGUCAUAAUUAGAAGUACAAAACAAGGAUUUGUAAAGAAGAAUGUCAGAGGAUUUCAAUAUAAACCAAGAGAAGACUGUUUCCUUUGCUCCCAGUAACAAACGUUGGUUUUCAGGAGACUCGCGCCGACACCAUACGUCAUUCCCCUGGAACUGCUUCAGUGUACAACUGCUGGCGCAAGAUAGAUUAAAUUACCUUUUAAUAUGGAUAUUUUUCUUACAAAAAUACAUAGAUUAACUACAGGGGGCUUUUGUUCUCCCCAGGAGCUGUGUGAGACACUUCUUAUUAUGGAUGGAUGCGCUUUGUUUCACUUCUUUUGGACUGAAGCACUGUAGCCAUUAAACAGCUUGAAAGAUCAAAUACCAUUUUUAAUAUAAUUCUGACCGGAUUCAUCUGAAAGAAUGAAGUCAUACACCUAGGAGGACUUGAGGGUGAGUAAGUAAUGGACUCAUUUUCUUUUUUGGUUGAACUAACACAUUAAGUAAUUUUACUCUUCAAGUAAAUGCAUACUGAUUUAAGAAUUUUUUUAUAUAUUUAUACUAGAAAACAAGACAAAAAUACUAAGCAAGAAAAUAUUUUUUUGCACUGUAGCUAGUUUCCUCCACUGAAGGUCAUUUUUUAUUUGUGACAUUUUAUCUCACAAUUUGUACUUUUUUCUCGCAAUUGUGACUUUGUUUCUGAGAACUGUGAAUAUAAACUCAAAUUCUAAGAAAAUAGUCCCUCCCCCCUCAGAAUUGGACUUGGAUCCGUACAAUUGAUCAAGUUGAAAACGGUUAUACCCCUUCUUUGGGUCAAAUGGUAACGUAUUCUUUAAAUAUUACUAUAAUAAUAUUUAACCAAACAAAUAUGGCCACCAGCAGCCAAUCAAACUUCAGCAGCUCAUAACAUCAAAUCUGAAUGGCUAAGUGUUAUGAAGCAUGACAGACACAUAGAAGGCAUCUCAAUUAAGCUGUACGUUAAAUUUAGUCAGAAUCAGCCAAAAGGUGGUGCUACAUUUACACAAAAGACCCAGAAUACUAACUCUGGUCACCUGUUUGUAUGUUCAGUGACGGAUGCUCCUGAGUCUAUAGUUCGGAUCAGUUCAACUUUCCACUGGACAUACUUUGCUUUUCCAGCAUCUUGUGCAAAUUUGAGCUCUUCCCAGCAGUGACUGUGUGAUCUCGGAGAAUGAACGAGGGAUUUAAAGCACAACUAUUAUAGAGCUGCAAACAUUCAGUGAUGCUCCAGAAGGAAGCACAAUGCAUUAAGUGUGUGGUGUGUUGAACUGCUUGAGACUCAGAGUACAGACUGCUCGAGUACAGUCGUUGAUUCUCAUUGUAAUGACUCAAGCUUGCAAACAGGGUCAUUUGUGACAAUUCGGUUAUUAUUUUGUCUCAUCAUUUACAUGUUAACAUCUGAUUAUUCACUAAACAGCACUAAAUAAAACAUGACGUUUCUCUGAUCCUUUGGUUCAGUAAAGGGGGUGUAAACUUAUGACCAGUUUUCUAUAAAAAUAUUAUUAAAUGCUUUGCAUUGUCCUUAAACACAAAUAAUCCAAAUUCUCAUUAUACAGUAGCAUGACAAAAACAAUGUUAGAUAUGCCACAGCAGUAUUUUGUAUUUUUAUUUUUGUAGUAUUUAUAUAGUAGUGUGACUCAUUAGAGUUGUAGAUGUGUAAAUGUGCAAAAAAUUUGAAAACUGGCUUCCUUUUCUUCAUGAUCUAAAUUUGAUUGUUUUUUUGUCUUUUGAAUUUGGGGUGAAAGACGUUUUCUCUCACAUGCUAGCUGUUAGCAAGGUCAAACCGCGACGCAAGAUUGAGUCACAUGACCACAGGACGAGCGCUUUGAUAUGUCCCAGCUUCCUGUUUCAACAGGAAAAAUACGCCACCACUGGAAAAAAAAAAAAACCUGUGGGCAGCUGUGAAAAUGAAUGGCGCUGAACGCUAACAAGAAACCACACACACACACACACACGGUCCAAUACUGUGACAAACCGCUGAGAUGCUUUAAAAAGCAACAGGAAGUUCCCAGAACAGUAAAGAUUUUCUCAGAAUCAGUGUGACACCGUAGAGGCUUAUGGGAAACCCCUAAUCUGAGACGAGCCGUACCUCUGGACCAUAGACUGUAUCACGCUGAUGAUGAUGAAGAUGAUGAAGAGCCUGCAGUCGCUUCAGCAGAGUUUACAGUCCUCCUCAGGGAAUCACGGUCAAAGGUCAAACUUUGAACGGCACUGCCACCUUUAAUCCAAACAGCAGCAGAGGUCAUAUCAAAGACACUACCCAGAAUGCACUGCAGCUAACAGCUCUGGUCCUCCACUAGUCUUCCACGCAACUAAGAGCUUAUGCAUUGUUGGACAGAACAGUUAGCAUGUUCGGAGAAAUUCUAUUGCAAUUCUAUUUUCUGUCUUCUUUUGAUGUGACACUGCGAGACGGCAAUCGAAAUCCCUGCGAGUUUACAAUCGAUCAAUCAGAAGCUGUAGAAACCAGCUGAUUUAAAUUCUGCGACCUACAAUCGACCAAUCAUUGACGAGUUCAUGGGUUUCACUUGCUUGUGUGUUUUUUGACUGACAGCAGUUCUCAGAUCAGAUCUUCAGCUGUCAUUUAAAAUGUCUUUCUGUAAGCGCAUGAAUGCGUUUAGUGUUUGUGAAUGAGCAAUAAGAGCGAUUCGGAGCCGUACUGUAAUCCUGAUAACGGACCGAUCCAGAGUGUGUCUUAGUGAUUGUUUAGUGUUUAGUCUUUUAAUAAACUUUUUCAAAUAUU